AUGCCUUACCACGGUAGACGGUCAGGAGCGUGCCACUCAUGCCGAAUCCGAAAAAUAAAGUGCGACGAGACGAGGCCAGCUUGCAACCAAUGCACCCGAUCACGACGACAAUGCCCAGGAUACCACGACCGUCUCGAUCAGCGACAGAAUGAGAAGCCCGCCGUCAGCCUAAUUACCAGCGUCAAGAAGGAAGCACAACCGACGCCGGACCUCCGGUUCGUAUGCAGCCAUCUCGAUGGCAUGACGCUCGAUCAGGGAAUCGUCCCGCAGCCUCAAAUGCCUGCAGAAGCUAUAGCUCCAUGCUAUUUCCAUUUCAACUUCAUCGUCACGCCGCACCAACGGAUUAUCCGCGGCUUCAACGAGUACCUUGCGUUGAUUGCGGCAAACCGGUCACAGUUUCCGCAGUUCGAGUUCGUCUUCAACGCCUGUGCCAUGGCGUCGCUCAGCCAGCAAGCCGCCGACGGUCGCCGCCUGAAGUCGAAAGCGUUGGAAAACUAUACGAGAGCAUUGGCAGCUACGUCUACGGCGUUGUGGGAUCCGACAAAGACUGUGCAGGACGAGACACUGGCGUCGGUGCUGCUGCUGGCUCUAUUUGAGAACAUCACUGCCGCCAGCGCGAGUUUGUUAGCUUGGUGUUCCCAUAUAGAAGCUGCCGUGCGGAUUGUCAAGGCGAGAGGGAAUAAACAGCUGCGAACCAAGGUUGGAUCAGACAUGUUUGUUGCUGUUCGGACAUUCAUGAUUAUCCAUUCGCUCACUACAGGUACCCCCUUGGCGACGGGCAUUGCUUGGUGUACCGCCGACUCAACCUACGACGACUACGCAUCGCAAUGCGAACAGUUUUGCAUACGUACGGCGGAGCUUAAUGCCCACGUCAGUAAGAUGCUAGUCACCAUCUCAAGAACCCCAGAGGACAUUGAACGCGUCAAGGAUAUUAUUCAGCAGUGCCACACUCUUGACCAGCAGUAUGUUCGGUGGACCGAGGCCGUGCCGGAAGAGUUUGGAUGGGAGACGGUCGACUGGCAAGUCUAUGUGCCACACGACGACUACACCAAUGCCGUUGUAUUUCCCGGACGUGUCGAUAUUUACGGAGACUCUUGGAUCGCCAUUGUGUGGACCAUGGCCCGUUGGUCAAGGAUUGUCCUGUCGUCCGUCCUCGUGCGAGCUACCGCAUGGCUCCAUCUACCCAAGGACUACCGAUCAACGCAAGAAUACGCAACGGCAGCAAGGCUUUGCACCGAGACCAUUACAGACGUUAUUGCUUCGGUCCCAUACCAGUUAGGGUAUGCGUCCAAGUCACAAAAGUCUCCCAAAACGAAACAGAACGAUAAUAUGCAUGGCGAUAUGGCUCUACAACGACGGAUGGCGGCUGUGUUUCUGGCUUGGGCUCUCAACGGCUUGCAGAGUCAAGACCAUGUAACCGAGGCCCAAAGGGUGUGGAUUAAAGGUCGUCUCAAUGUUAUUGGCACCCAACUUGGCAUUGGGUAUGGGCCAUUAUUAGCCAAGUUGAAUAUUAGAGUGCCUUCGAUGCUCAUCCGUCGAGACCGCUUAUUAUCCAAGCUGCACAGCUUGAAUGCCACCGAAACGCCCACUGAGGACGAAACACCAGCCAAACCGGCGGAAGGUGCUUCAAGCAGCGCAGCGGAAGACCAAAAGCUCACACAGAAGCAGUUCCUCGAGCGCCGGGUCGGUGAACUGGUGACUAGUGCCAUGGGGAAGAAACCUGAAGUCGACUUGUGGACUGUGAGAACUCUCCUCCAGCUGCCUCAGGAUAUUGGAGCUACAUGA